CCCCUCCUCCCGGCGGCCCUCGGCGGAGCGCAGACAUGAAGUACCAGCAACCAUUUGUUUUGCUUUAAGUGCAUAUGUCAACACUUCUCCCUGCUCUUGAGAAUUGCAUGGAUUUGCAGUGUUUUUUCUUCUUUGUUCUACUUUUUUGGGUAUGCCCAAAGUUACCUUGAAUAAACAGCGUGCCUCUUAAGUACUACUUUUAUCUGUAAAGCAGAGUCCUUCUUCACUGUGCUGGGGAUCCUGAUGGGUUUGGUUCACAGAAUCAUAAAUGCUGGAAAAGACCUCUAAGUAUCACUGUGUCCAACCCUCAACCCAUCCCACCAUGUCCACUAACCACACCUCUCAGUGCCACAUCUUCCCUCUUCUUGAACACCCCCAGGGACAGUGACUGCACCACCUCCCUGGGCACUCUGUGCCACUGCAUCACUGCUCUUUCUGCAGAAUUGCUUCCAAAAUAAGAUUUUAUCAGUGCUUUGCAAAACAUCAUUUCUGUCCUUUUUCUGUCACAUUUGUUUCCUAGAAAUAGCAGCCUUCAUUUGCUGUCUGUGCCCACGGCACUGAUGUGAUUUUGGUUCUAGAAGCAGCUAAAAGCUUCUUGGUUCUACAUUUACCUACCCAUUUCAGUUUUCUGAAAUACCUGUGUGGCAAGUAAUACAAAACAGUUAUUAUACCUGCCAGCUUUUGCUACAGAGAACCUUUGGAAUCAUGAAAGGACCUAAGAAUCCCCCAGUAGUGCUGUCCAAGACAGCUUUUUUUAUGGUUUUCUAAUCCAGAAAGCCCAGUGGUUUCAAACAAGCUAAACCAGUUAGGCAUGUGGUAUCUAAAUUUUCUUUUUCUUUUUUUUUGGUUACUUUAAUUUUCAGGUGUACUUAAUGAGAAUUGAACUAAGCAUAGGCUUGCAGUUCAGCAUGUAAGUUGAACUUUUCCACGUUUUCAUGUAACCUUGUGGGCGGCAGCAGCACCAUACAAUUACCUGCAGAGACUCAUCAGGCUCCAUCUUAACUAGUUAGUUCUACACGUUUGCUUGUGCAAAGUGAUAUAUAUUUAUAUGCACGCAUUCUGUUUGUAGUUGAGUCGCUUUCCAAAACUCCCUGCUGUGUAUUUUGCCUUUACAGAAGGCAAACCUCUAGUCUGCUGCACUUAAUGGGCCCUUUUGCUUCCCUGGUUAGAUGCCUGUCUGUCCCUGCACAGGUGAGAACAUGAAUUUUGUCUCCCUGGCAUGUGAGUAACCAAAAUUCCAUACAGGAGUGUGGGUAAAGCCUUACCCGUAUCUUUAAUUCUCCUGGACACCGGGCUUCUUAUUUUUCUGACUUGAGUACCGGCACUGAUAAACAAGCACUGGAUCUACCUGUGUCACAGAACCCCUCAUUUGAGCACUUCCUCAUUGCGGCUGUUACAAAGUCCCUCUGUUUCUUGUAUCAUGGAAGCAUCUUUCUGUUCCUGGCAGCGGAGGCAGGAGGAUGAUCCUCUCCCAGGAAGGAUUCCUUGCUUACUGCAGCAUUAGUAAAUAUUCUAAGCACGUUUCAUCUCACUGUAACCUGCCUGGCUGACUGCAGCCAACAGCACUGUGACUGCACAGGACGUGGAGCUGUCAACAACGCUGAGACUGAGACCAUAACGAUCACCUGGAGUCACUUCCUGCUCUUUCUGACGCAUGAAGAGCUGUAAAUGUAUUAAGUGGCACCGAUACCUUACAAAUAUUCCAGAAGAACAGAAGUUCUGCGCCCACCCAUGUGACUUACAUCUUUAUUUUAAAAGCUUUGUUUCUUCAGUCAGUCAACUUCCUCCAGUGCCAGAGCCUAGGAGCAGAAAUCACUGAAUUAGAGCAAGGAUCAUUUCUUAGUAGAAUGCACAAUAAGAAGAUGAAAAGAACUUAGCAACAUUUUAGGACUGACUCCUGAUGGGCUGGACUUUGUCUUGGUGGGAACAUUUGACAGUUGCACGCUGCGAAAGACGAAACAACCAAUGGCUUCAGAAUCCAUGGUCCCAGAGCAGGCAAAACAACAUCCAAUGAAGGGAAAAAGGCGGCCGCAGCAGCAGCAAACUCGGUCUUCCAGCGGUGAUGGUGAAGAUGAUAUCUUUGUAUUUGAAGCAAACGAGGCUUGGAAGGAUUUCCACAGCUCUCUUCUUCACUUCUUUGAGGCUGGAGAGCUCUGUGAUGUUACGCUGAAGGUUGGAACAAAGCUCAUCUCCUGCCACAAACUGGUGCUGGCGUGUGUUAUACCUUACUUCCGAGCCAUGUUUCUUUCAGAAAUGGCCGAAGCCAAGCAGACGUUGAUUGAGAUCAGGGACUUUGAUGGCGAUGCGAUAGAAGACCUCGUGAAGUUUGUCUACUCCUCCCGGCUGACACUGACCGUGGAUAAUGUCCAGCCACUCCUGUAUGCCGCUUGCAUUCUUCAGGUGGAACUGGUAGCAAAGGCGUGCUGUGAAUAUAUGAAGCUGCACUUCCAUCCCUCCAACUGCCUGGCGGUCAGGUCGUUUGCAGAGAGCCACAACCGCAUUGACCUGAUGGACAUGGCCGAUCAGUACGCUUGUGAACAUUUUACUGAGGUGGUGGAAUGUGAAGACUUUGUGAGCGUCUCACCUCAGCACCUCCAUAAACUGUUGUCCUCCAGCGACCUGAACAUUGAGAAUGAAAAGCAGGUUUACAAUGCUGCUAUCAAGUGGCUGCUAGCCAAUCCACAGCAUCACGCCACGUGGCUGGAUGAAAUUCUCGCACAGGUACGACUGCCUCUCUUGCCCAUUUGUUUCCUUAUGGGUGUUGUGGCAAAGGAAGAGAUUGUCAAGCAGAAUCUAAAAUGUAGGGAUUUGCUGGAUGAAGCAAGAAACUACCACCUUCACCUGAGCAGCAGGGCAGUGCCAGACUUUGAAUACUCCAUUCGCACAACACCAAGGAAGCAGACUGCUGGUGUGCUGUUCUGUGUUGGUGGCAGAGGAGGAUCGGGUGACCCAUUCCGCAGCAUUGAGUGUUACUCUAUAAAUAAGAACAGCUGGUUCUUCGGCCCUGAAAUGAACAGCAGGAGAAGACACGUGGGUGUAAUCUCUGUGGGAGGUAGAGUCUAUGCAGUGGGUGGACAUGAUGGAAAUGAACAUUUAGGAAGCAUGGAAGUGUUUGAUCCUCUCACAAACAAGUGGAUGAUUAAGGCAUCAAUGAACACAAAGAGGAGAGGAAUUGCUCUCGCUUCCCUCGGGGGCCCCAUUUACGCAAUAGGAGGUCUAGAUGACAACACGUGCUUCAGUGAUGUGGAAAGAUACGACAUCGAGUCCGAUCGAUGGAGUGCAGUAGCCCCCAUGAACACGCCCCGGGGGGGAGUCGGCUCCGUAGCCCUCAUGGUGAGUUUGUUUCCUUGCAGGUCAGGGCCAGGAUCCAGGCCUGCUUUUCAAAUAUCAUCUAAGUCUUCUAAACAAUCUUUCCCUGUGCAACUUUUUCAGAACCACGUCUACGCUGUGGGUGGCAAUGACGGCAUAGCGUCUCUUUCCAGCGUGGAGAAAUACGAUCCCCAUUUGGACAAGUGGAUGGAAGUGAAAGAGAUGGGCCAGCGAAGAGCCGGCAACGGCGUCAGUGAGCUCCACGGUUGCCUGUAUGUUGUUGGUGGCUUCGAUGACAACUCUCCGCUGAGUUCCGUGGAGCGCUUUGACCCACGUAGUGACAAAUGGGAGUAUGUCGCAGAGCUUACAACCCCAAGGGGGGGAGUUGGCAUCGCAACGCUGAUGGGCAGAAUUUUUGCAGUUGGAGGUCACAACGGCAACGCGUACCUGAAUACUGUGGAAGCAUUUGAUCCCAUAGUGAAUAGGUGGGAACUCGUUGGCUCUGUGUCGCACUGCAGAGCUGGGGCAGGCGUUGCUGUGUGCGCCUGCCUCAGCAGCCAGAUCCGUGAUGUGGGCCAAGGAUCCAGCAAUGUAGUUGACUGCAUGUGAACUCAGCUGCCUCCUUCAAAUUCCAGGGGAACAAUCCUACAGAAGCACUGCACAGCUUUUAAAUAUGGUGGUUUGUGUGGUAGGUUAAGAAACACAAUACGUUUUCUUUGUGAAAAUGUUACCUUCUGUGACUUUUAAGCUCUUGGUGGCUUUCUGACAAUAGCAGUAUAGAAGAGCCUGUGAAAACAUGGGACAGCAGUGUGACUUACAGGAGAAAACCUGCUGAGAGCUGUAAUCAUCCCAUCUUUGAGAAGUGGAGUUAAAGAGCCAUUUGAGGCAGCUGUUGCAGGGACUCACUGAAUUGCAAACCAGGCACGGACUGGUGAGGAGCGAGCAGUGCGCAGCAUCAGUGAGCCUCACCUGACAGCCCUGCUGUGUGUUUCCUGAGGGACUGGAGUGCCAUUUAUUAACAUAACUAACUUAUUAUCAGGAAUGAAAUCUUAAAACAUUUCCUAAUCAUCGAAGAGCUUUGAAACAGAGCUUUUCAGGUUCUCCCUGAGCUAACUGGAUACAGAUGUUAACUGCCCGCUUGCUGUGGGACUGCUGGAUGCGGUGGAGAUGGCAGCACUCAGCCUGGACCUGCCUCUGGAGUGCUCCCUCAGCCCCACACACUUGUUAGAAAGCUGGAAAGACUCUCAAAGCCUGAGCAUGGUGACUAGAAUACUGACAUUCUUUUAUCCUCAAUAAAAUCUGUAGUAAUGA